AUGGGGGUGCGGACCAAGAAGACGAGCGCAGCGGCCGACUCGCUGACACGGCAAGAGUGGCCCAUGGCGGAGAAGCUUCACAAAGCCAAGCUAUGGUCGCCCAACAAGCGCACAACUCGAGCGCUGGGGAAAGCACCAUCCCUGGGACCAGUCGAGUCGCGGAGGGUGAAUGUCGUCAGUGAUGAGCUCUGUGAACGACAUCGAGGAUGCGACCUAUUCGACAUCAACCCUGGGGCUAGCCUUUGGAGCCGCGCCCUGCACGAUGCGGUACAGCCCCGACGACACAUUAUGAUGGACCCAAGCGCACGGGACUACGAGGCUCUACGCAAGGAGGUCAUGGGCGAUCGACCCAACAUUGAGGUUAUCGGCGAAUCGGGAAUCAUAUGGCCGGAGCUGAACAAGGUGCUCUCAUCGCACCUGGACCCUCACCACGAGCGGGUGGGCAAUGCAGACAAGGACAAGGAGCCGUCGCAGCCGCAGCGUAACGACAUGCUUCUGGUGACGGCCAACCUGGCUAUGUUCCCCAAGAAGAGUCUGUGGAACUUUGAUAACGUGGCGACCAUGGUCCUGUACCAGCUCAUGUCGAGCAUCCCCACGUCGACAUUGUUCCAGCGCUACGGCAGCGUGCGCAUGCUCAUCUGGAUCAACGACGACAUCAAGCGGCGGGUUCUCCCGCGGUCCAUUGUGGGCCGUAAGCGGUCCGCGUUUGAGGCGGAGCUGGCGUGCGAGUGGAUACAUGAGGUGGCAGGGAGUGAUGUGCCCGACGCGUCGACAGAGCGGCUUUCCCUACGUGAUGAAUGGCUCCACGUCGAGUCUGCGGCACGCGUGCUACAGCGCAUGGAGAAGCAAGGAAUCACCACCCCAGCGGGCCGGGAGACGCGCAUGCUCCAGACUGUAAUGGCCGACGCUGACCUCCGCUCUCAGCCCCUGUCGGGUCACCGGCCACCUAAACUCCUGCGGCCAUUCCGUACCGAGUUGGCCAACAUGGAGUCCGGCGACGACGACACGGCGCGCAACGCCCGUGACGUCAAGCGCCUCAAGGCCCUGCAGUACCGUGACCGCCACACAUCUAAAGAGGCAGAAAACUACCUGGAGCUUAUUCAGCUUCACGGCCGACUACUGCACAUGGAUGCCUCGACGGCUGAGUUUCAGCUCGCGUCUGCCGAGUUCGACGGCCGCCUCGAAGGGAUGCGCAAGAACCAGCGCAACGAGUUUCUCCUCUUCCGGGACAACCACCACAUCUUCCGCCACCACGGCCCUCGGCCAGCCCUCCUAUGGGACCGCCGUGAUUACGAGCCGUUGGCCAUCGACACGACGGACCUGUACCCCAAUGCGCCGACUUGUCUCCUCGACAUCCAGCCCAAGUCCAUGGACCCUGUCCUGCGCCAGUACGGUCCCUCGUCGUCUCGCUCAGGGGACUACGCCAGCCUCAUCCUCCGCUCCUUGUUCAACAGCACCACCCAUCCCAUCCACACGCGCGCCAUGGACUCUGUCUGGCCGGGAUUCUCUGAUAUGGCGCGCGAGCACUGUCCCAGCCUGUGGGCUCCCAAUUUCGGCGGCUCCCCGAUGAAUGGUUACGGCUCUCUGCCCGUGAGGUGUAUCAGCGAGACGCACUGGGUCGAACUGAUGAGGGCUUGGAUGCGCUGGCCUUUUCGUCCCAGCUAUCAUCAUAUGCUCGGUCGCUCUCUCGAGCACGACGAGGACGACGAUGGUAGUGGCGGUGCCGGUGGCGGCGAUGUCCGUGGUUCGGCCUCUGGCAGUGCUAGUAGCUAG